AUGGCAUUUCGAACACAGUUCACAUGGGCGUCCUCGCCGCUGAUCGUCAACGCGCCGAUGGGCGGCUUUGCGGGCCCGGAGCUCGCCGCUGCUGUGUCCCGUGCGGGUGGCCUCGGCAUGGUUGGGGCCUUGAUGGACGCAGCCGUUCUGUCGGAGCAGCUCACAAAGGCAGCCAGUCUUCUCAACGCCGAGCCAGCGGUGAAAAGCAAUAGUUGCUUGCCCAUUGGCGUCGGCCUGUUACUAUUUGCGCUUGGGAAGAAGAAAAUCGAGUUCUUGGAAACCCUGGCCAAACAUAAACCGGCCGUGAUCUGGCUGUUCGCCGAGACAGCGCUGAGCGAUUAUACCGAAUGGGCGACGGACAUUCGGAAGCUGUGCCCGGAGUCGCAACUAUGGAUCCAGACGGGAACUGUUGGAAGCGCGCUUCAGCUAGCCAAAGACGCAAAGCCGGAUGUACUCGUUAUGCAGGGUAAAGAUGCUGGUGGCCAUGGUUGGGAAAGUGGUGCUGGAGUUAUCUCACUUCUUCCCGAGGCCAAGGAUGCUCUGGCCCGCGAUGGAUACGAUGUCGGCGUGCUCGCAUCGGGUGGCAUUGUCGAUGCUCGGGGUACUGCAGCGGCAUUGAGCCUUGGUGCCGAUGGGGUGGUGAUGGGCACGAGAUUUCUGGCAUCCAAAGAAGUCACUGCACCGCCCUUGUACCAGCAACAGAUCCUCGACACCCACGACGGCGGACAGUAUACCAUCCGUGCCAAAGUCUUCGACGAACUGCGUGGCCCUAAUGUCUGGCCUGCCGCUUACGAUGGCCGGGCAAUCGUCUCGAAGAGUUACGAGGACUAUGCGAAUGGUGUGGGCAUUGACCAGAUUCGCAAACGACAUUCUCAAGCCUUGGAGUCCGACGACAAAGGUCUGGGCGCGAGCAGGAGGGCUGUUGUUUGGUGUGGUACUGCCGUGGGAUUGGUAAAUGAGAUUUGCCCGGCUGCGGAUAUCGUGCGGGAGCUUCAUCAGAAUGUCAGGGUGAUUCUGGACGAGACGAAAGCGAGGCUGUAG